CUAUUAAUACGCGCAGGUUGCAGGCACAGGAAAACAUCCCAGCGCUUAAGUAGUAGGCUACCACGCCCAUGCAGCGGAGUAAAGUUCUCAAUCCAACCCCUAAACUUUUGUACAGCCUGUAUCGGAAUCUACCAUCACCACAGCUUGCCACUAUCAAUCGAAGCAACUUUGCAGCAGAUUUCGACGGGUACGCCGUGAAUCUAGACUCCUGUCGCGGCUGACAAUUUGCUCACCUGCAAGGAGUUCUUGGAAAACAGCACGCAUUUCUUGGGAAUGUGUAAAUUGUGGACGAAUAAGUCUUCCUAAACUGUGGUUGCGAGUCAUCCGGACAUCAAACAAGUCACCUGGAAGAGACGAAAUUUGGUCUCUAUCAGAUUUUUUUUCUCGAUUUCAAAAUAACCACAAUAUCAAUUCCUCGAGCACGGCAGUAUGGCUAGAUUGCUGAGCAAGGAUAUCCCGGAUAUUGAGAGUAUUCUGGCCCUGAACCCGCGGGUUAAGACCCAUGCUGCGGUCCACUCCACGGCUGCCAAGCAAGCUGAGAAGAAACACUGGAAGAGGAACCCGGAGAAGGGGUGUGACAGUUGCGUGAAGCUGGAGAACAAUUUUGAUGACAUCAAACACACAACGCUGAGUGAACGUGGAGCACUUCGGGAAGCAGUGAGAUGCUUGAAAUGCGCCGAUGCACCCUGUCAGAAGAGCUGCCCGACCAACCUGGACAUCAAGGCCUUCAUCACCAGCAUCGCAAACAGGAACUACUACGGCUCUGCAAAGGCCAUCCUGUCCGACAACCCCCUGGGCCUGACCUGUGGGAUGGUCUGCCCGACCUCUGACCUCUGUGUGGGGGGGUGCAACCUCUACGCCUCGGAAGAGGGCCCCAUCAACAUCGGGGGACUGCAGCAGUUCGCCACCGAGGUGUUCAGCAAGAUGGGCGUGCCUCAGGUGCGGAACCCGGCGCUGCCGCCACCCGACCAGAUGCCCGCCGGCUUCCACGCCAAGAUCGCUCUGAUUGGCUGCGGGCCGGCCAGCGUCAGCUGCGCCUCCUUCUUAGCCCGCCUCGGCUACGACGACAUCACCAUCUUCGAGAAGCAGAAGUACAUCGGCGGGCUAAGUUCUGCGGAGAUCCCUCAGUUCCGCUUGCCCUACGAGGUGGUGCAGUUUGAGGUGGAGCUGAUGAAGGACUUGGGAGUCAAGAUCGAGUGUGAGAAGGGACUGGGCCAGGACGGCAUGACACUGCUCUCCCUGAAAGAAGACGGAUACAAAGCCAUCUUCAUCGGCAUUGGUCUGCCGCAGGCCAACAGGCACAAGAUCUUUGAAGGACUGAACAUGGACCAAGGUUUUUACACGUCCAAGGAUUUCCUACCUCUUGUUGCCAAGGCCAGUAAACCAGGAAUGUGCACCUGUCAGUCGGCGCUGCCUCGGCUGCAUGGCACCGUCAUUGUGCUGGGCGCGGGCGACACCGCCUUUGACUGCGCCACCUCUGCCCUCCGUUGUGGCGCCCGCCGCGUCUACGUGGUCUUCCGCAAGGGCUUCACAAACAUCCGCGCCGUCCCCGAGGAGAUGGAACUGGCAAAGGAGGAGAAGUGUGAGUUCCUUCCCUUCCUGUCUCCGCGUGAGGUCAUCAUGAAGGCGGGCCGUGUGGCGGCCAUGGAGUUCUGCCGGACGGAGCAAAGCGAGUCAGGAGAGUGGACGGAGGACGAGGACCAGAUGAUCCGGCUCAAAGCCGACUACAUCAUCAGUGCCUUCGGCUCUGGUCUGAGCGACCCGAAAGUGAAGGAGGCCAUGGCUCCCAUCCGUUUAAACAGAUGGGGUCUCCCUGACCUGAACCCGGAGAGCAUGCAGUGUAGUGAGCCGUGGGUCUUCGCCGGCGGGGACGUGGCGGGCCUGGCCAACACCACGGUGGAGUCGGUCAACGACGGGAAGCAGGCGUCCUGGCACAUCCACAAGUACAUUCAGGAUCUGGUCACCAAUGUCUCUCCGCGCAUCGUGCGCGGCACAACGUCCGGCCCAGUGUUUGGCCCCGGACAGGGCUCCUUCCUCAACAUCGAGCUGAUCAGCGAAAAGACCGCAGCGUACUGGUGUCAGAGCGUCUCGGAACUCAAAGCCGACUUCCCCCACAACAUUGUCAUAUCCAGUAUAAUGUGCAGCUACAACAAGGCUGAUUGGACAGAGCUAGCUCAGAUGGCGGAGGCCUCCGGAGCUGAUGCCCUGGAGCUGAAUCUCUCCUGCCCCCACGGGAUGGGAGAGAGGGGCAUGGGCCUCGCCUGCGGACAGGAUCCAGAGUUGGUGCGCAACAUCUGCCGCUGGGUCCGGCAAGCUGUCAAGGUCCCCUUCUUUGCCAAGCUGACCCCCAAUGUCACCAACAUUGUGGACAUCGCCACGGCCGCUCAUGAAGGUGGUGCAGAUGGCGUCACCGCCACCAACACUGUCUCGGGCCUGAUGGGACUGAAGGCAGACGGCUCUCCCUGGCCCGGCAUCGGCCGCGGCAAGCGCACCACAUAUGGCGGCGUGUCUGGAAAUGCCAUACGACCCAUAGCCCUGCGGGCGGUGUCGGCCAUCGCCAAAGCUCUCCCCGGCUUCCCCAUCCUGGCCACGGGAGGCAUCGACUCCGCCGAAUCAGGGCUGCAGUUCCUCCAUGCCGGAGCAUCUGUCCUGCAGGUGUGCAGCGCUAUACAAAACCAGGACUUCACCCUCAUCGAGGACUACUGCCUGGGCCUGAAGACUCUGCUCUACCUGAGGAGCCUUGAGCAGCUGCAGGACUGGGAUGGCCAGUCCCCACCGACCGCCCGCCACCAGAAGGGCAAGCCUGUCCCCCGCCUGGAGGACCUCGUGGGCAAGAGCUUGCCCAGCUUCGGGCCCUUCCUUGAGCAGCGGAAACGGGCGCUGGCAAUCUACAAGCAGAAGAUCAGAGACCAGGAGUCCGCCAUGACAGUGGAGCCCACGGGACCGAGAACCUUCUCCCCUAAGGGGCCCGUUCCAUCUGUCAGGGACGUGAUUGGUAGGGCUCUGAAGCACAUCGGGGCCUACCAGGAGCUCAACAACGAGGAGCAAGUGCAGGCUUUGAUAGACGAGGAGAUGUGCAUCAACUGUGGUAAAUGCUACAUGACCUGCAACGACUCGGGUUACCAGGCUAUUACGUUUGACCCGGAGACCCACCUCCCAGUCGUGGCAGACAGCUGCACGGGCUGCACUCUGUGUCUGAGCGUCUGCCCCAUCAUCGACUGCAUCAGCAUGGUUGCCAGGACAACGCCUUACGUACCAAAGCGAGGCCUCCCCGCUGUCGUAUCCGUGCACUGAGAGAGCGAGAGAGAGAGGGAGAGAGGGAGAGAGAGAGCGUGAGAGAGAGAUAGAGAGAGGGAGAGAGGUUCUCUUGCGAUGUAAAGAGAGUAGAGCAAUAAAUACACAAAACAAAACAAAAGAGAAAUAUAGAAACGUGACAGAGCGUCUACAUCAAAACAUUGAUUCUUCUUCAUAAUUGCAAUGUGAAAAAUUACCUUUAUUAUGUGUUUGAAAAAACACGCACACACUCGCACACAGCAGAGAAGAAAAGCUAAAUAAUUAGUUUGGAGAAAUAAUUGCCUUAUACUCCCAAGCCAAUUAUCCAGAAAUAAUCAUGCAGGCACAAAUAGUUGCAUUAUUCUCAAACAAUAGCAGGGCGAUAUGUCGUCCAUCCAUGCCCCCCCCCCCCACACACACACACAAUACACACAUACACACACACACACACACACACACAUCCCCCCCCCCCCCCACCUUCAUCCCUGGUUAAAAUGACAAUGAGAAGAGGGGAGGUUGAGUAAUGGAUGUUUAUGCUGAUGCUGGUUGGGAGGCCGAUGUCAGAACCAAAUACAACAUGUCCCUAACAAGUGUUGCAUUGGCAGUCCGUCCACACAGCCACACACACACACACACACACAAACCUCCAGCGCAGUAAAACGAGACAUUAUGUUGGCCGGGGAAAUAAUCCGCGGGACAAGGAGAGGUAAUGAAGGGAGAUGAAUGGGGUGUUCCCUCCUCGGCCCUCGAACGUCGCGUGCCUUCAUUGUCCAACCCUGGUCCAUUUUCCUGGAGCAGCUGGAGCUGUUUUAUGUCUCAAUCUCUCCUCAGAGAUCUACGGUGCUGCUGGGCUUUUUUUUUUCUUUACGUUAUGUGCGUUAGGUGAUUCAAAUUGUAAUCCAUUGCUAGCCAUUAGUAAUACCUGUUAUGUGUAAGCGAUCGAAACCCUUUUGUUGUUGUUGUUGUCGUCGUUUUGUUCAGAUUUCCGUAACGAUUUUGGUUAAUUCCUUGCGUGUUGGCCCAUAAGUAAUAAUCACGGUGCACUAUACUAGGAGACGAGUUUAGAAAAGG